CCUUCCCCCAGGUCUACUCUCCACUCUUCCUUGCCUUCAGUUAUCUUCCUCCCAAUCUGUAUCGAUUUGGAAGUAUGGUCUAAGGCGGUCAUUCUCAGAUGAUUCUUGACUUGAUUUCUAAUUACAGCCCUCGCUGUGCUCAACUUUCCCUUCCCUUGGUGGACUCGCGACAAUGCGCCAAGCUACUACUUUCCUUCUGAACACGAACUCAGGUUAUGUGCGCCUGCGUUCGAUCAACCUGUCUCUCCCGCGGCAUGCGCGCAUCCCGGGUUCUUUUCGCUCCUUCUCGGUUGACCCCUACUCGACUUCAUCAUCUCACGGCAUCUCUUCCCCUUCGAACCGAUCCUCUUCCCAUGGUGUCAUAACCUCGCAGUCCGCCUCUACUGAUCGUGGACUCCUGCUGCCCUCGUCUUCAGCCUCCUUCUCUACCUCCUCACAGCGGUCGGAUCCCGGCGACUGGGAUGCGAAUCCGGACCUAUCGAUCUCGGCAUUUUCGGAGUUACCUUCGAAAGACUUCGGGGUCAAUCAGCAUAUGGUAAUUAACCAGGAGUUCAAAGAAGCCUUGCGUCAGAUUCUUUGGCAGUUCCGAGCCCCGAUUCGAUAUGCGUUUGCCUAUGGAUCCGGUGUCUUCCAACAGACAGGCAGUGCGCCUGGCUCCAGUCAAUGCCACCCGUCGGCCCCAGCAGCCAUCAAGAACAUGCAGCAGGGGCAAGGGAAAAUGAUUGACUUUAUUUUUGGAGUAUCAUACUCCCAACAUUGGCACUCCUUGAAUCUGAGCCAGCACCGAGACCAUUACUCUGGCCUGGGCUCUUUGGGCUCUUAUAUGGUAUCCCAAGUGCAGGAUCGUAUCGGCGCCGGCGUCUACUUUAACCCCUACAUCACAGUAAAUGGCACACUGAUCAAAUAUGGGGUCGUGAACCUUGACACACUAUGCCGGGAUCUCAGCCAAUGGGAUACCUUGUAUCUUGCUGGACGGCUGCAAAAGCCGGUCAAGAUCUUGCGUGACCACCCGAAGGUGCGACUGGCGAAUCAAAUGAACUUGCUAUCCGCCGUCCGAGUAGCUCUACUGCUGCUCCCGGCCGAAUUUACCGAAUUCCAACUGUACAGUACCAUUGCAAGCAUGAGCUACAUGGGUGAUCUGCGCAUGGCACUGCCUGCGGAAGAUCCCCGCAAGGUGAACAACAUUGUGUCGUCGCAGAUGGCUAACUUCCGGCGACUAUACGCGCCCCUGAUUGAGAACUUGCCCAAUGUCACGUUCAACGACAAGCGUUGCACGGAGGGCGAUUGGAUCGAUGAUCCCGAAGCCAACGUGCGCCUCACACAGGAUAUGGAUCCGGUCAAGCGCGGUAACAUGGUUCGCCGUCUGCCCGACUCCUUCCGCGAGAAGCUCUACUUCCAGUACCAAACCCGUUACCAAAUUCCUCGGGUCGAAUUCGACAAGAUGAUGAAGGAGAGCAACAACAACGACUCCGACUUGGUGCGUCGGAGACAAGGAGGUCCAUUCGAACAGCGGAUCGCCGAUGACAAGAACCUCACGAAAGAGGUACAGACUACAAUUGCAAAGACCAUCCGCUGGCCCAGUACGGUGCAAUCGGCGAAGGGGCUGCUCACCUCAGGAGUCAGCCGAACCUGGCGAUACUUGCGCGAGAAGCAAGACAAAUAUAAGAAGUCUGGCAAAAAGGCCAACACUUCCGAUGCAGCUAAAGAAUAGAAACUUAUGACUAAAGCAUGAUUGCCUUCUCGAUCCUGAAGGGACAUGGGCAACCCUAGAUGACAUUUGUCUGAAGGCAUUUGAGGCGUUGUUGCUUGUACGGCAUUGGUAGUCAUGUGUGUAUCUAGUAUAUCAUCUUGAGAGUCCUUAAUGAUCCGAAAAUCAAGGACUGCCGACAGUAUAUAGAAGGUCUGGAGCAUUACAUAAG